CGGGGCACCGCGGGGCUGCGGGGCUGGCCCCGGGCGGGAGCGGACGGGACGAGGCCGCACCGCCCCCAGCGCCGCGUUCCGGUUCCGGUGCGCGGAGCAGGGCGGGAGGCGGCGGAGGCCAUUAGCGGGGAGAGCGGGAGCGAGUGAUUGGCGUUUAUCACAGCAGCCAUGUCCAUCGGGGUGCCCAUCAAGGUGCUGCACGAGGCCGAGGGCCACAUCGUGACCUGCGAGACCAACACCGGCGAGGUGUACCGCGGCAAGCUCAUCGAGGCCGAGGACAACAUGAACUGCCAGAUGUCCAACAUAACGGUGACGUACAGGGAUGGACGGGUGGCACAGCUCGAGCAGGUGUACAUCAGGGGCAGCAAGAUACGGUUUCUCAUCUUACCAGAUAUGUUGAAGAAUGCUCCUAUGCUAAAGAGCAUGAAGAAUAAAAACCAGGGUUCUGGAGCUGGGCGAGGGAAAGCAGCUAUUCUCAAAGCUCAAGUGGCUGCAAGAGGAAGAGGCCGUGGUAUGGGCCGUGGCAACAUCUUCCAGAAGAGAAGAUAAUUUUGGUCUUGGCCAAAUUGCUUUUUUUAUUAGGGGUGUUAACUUGACGACUUGUGCAUUGGUAUCAGUUUUGUUUAAUAAAUGUUUCUGAUAAAAACUC